UUCUACUCCCCUGUUCAUUUCUCCAUUAAUAUCCAUGGAGACAAAUCCACCAACCUCAGAAUUAAUGUCGCCGGUCCAUAGUUUCCCCAACCGGUUCUUUUGCAGCGACUUCCAAAAUGAUGAGGAAUUUAAUGCUCCAGCUUCUGUAUACACUUAUAUGCAUGUUGAUUGUUCUCGGUCAUCUGAAGCCCCUGUUAGAUCCCCGGAUGUUGUGAUAUCCAACAAUUUCAUGAACAGCGCGUUUAAUGAUGACCAGGUUAUGGAUAAUGAAGAAGCAUCCCAAGAUUCCCAUAUGCAGGCCAUGACUGUUGCUGUUUCUGGAUCAUCUCAUGGUCCUUCUAUGUUUGCUGAAUCAUCACGCGGCCAGUUAGACGGGCCAUCGAAUCCAUACUUUGUUUUUGAUACCCCUCAGGGAACCCGUUAUUGGAUUCCUAACGUCGCUGAUAAGUUCAUACCAGUGUGUGGGAAAUCUUAUCCAACUUUUGCAGAUGUUCUUUCCAUGUAUGAACUUUAUGCGUUUGAAGCAGGUUUUUCUGUAAAAAAAGGGCAAACUAAAGUCUGGAAUGGAAUUCCCACACACAAGUAUCUUCGAUGCUCAAAAUAUGGAAAACCACAACCAAAGAGGACUUUUGACACCCUAGAUGAAUCUUCUGUUAAGCACCGGAGGACCAACUUCACAUGGUGUGACUGUAAGGCAAGCAUACUAGUCUCGAUCUCGAAUGAUUCAUACACAGUUCUGAGUUUCAAUGAUAUUCAUAAUCAUGAACUUGUUGAGAGUUACAACCGUGAUCUUAGCAAGAUAUCACGGAAGCUGUCAUUCUCCACGAAACAAUUCAUUCACAAUAUGAGUCUAAACCGCAUCGGACCAAUGAGAGCUUAUAGAUGUCUUGUAGCUUUAAAAGGAGGGCAUCACAAUGUCAAUGGGACUCCGGUGGAUUUUAAAAACUUUAGCCACCAGUUGCGAAUUUUUAUUGGUCAACGCGACGCACAAGUUUUCCUUGAACGCCUGCGUGAGCGUUUUGACAACCUACCCAACUUCUAUUUUGAUUACACUGUAUCAAAUGGAAAGUUGUCUUCUGUAUUCUGGGCUGAUGAGAUUUCAAAGCUAAACUACAAAGCUUUUGGCGAUGUCCUCGCGUUUGACGCAACUUACAGCACAAACAGGUACAAGAUGGUUUUUGUGCCAUUCACGGGUGUGGAUCAUCAUUUCCAAUGUGUUACAUUUGGAGUGGGCUUUCUUGAAGGCACACGGUACUCAACCAACUCUCGUGCUGAGUGA